UGUUGGACGAUCGAAAUCGUCCAACGGCUACGGCAGACAUGAAAGCGUAAAAGAUACAGAGUUUCGCAUUUUUAUUUACCUUAUGAUAAUUUCCUUUUACAAGUGAUUUUUUUUAAACAUAGUAAAUCUUUACGAUGUUCCUAUUCCUAGACGAUAGGUACUUCGACAUUUGCCUGCCGAACUAUAUACCUACAUCGAUAUUACGGGCAAAUCCGAUUCAAUGUCUGUAUGUCUGUGAUGCUAUUUAUUCUUCGUAUACAGAGUUCACGUAUCUCAGUGCUCUCGAUCUCCCAUGACACCAUAGCCGCCUGGUGCUCCGAAUUGGCGGUUUUAAACAAAAUGUUAGUUUAGUACAAGAAACCGUCAAAAAUUUUCUGUAAAUUUACAAUAAAUGUUGGCUUAUGAAAUAAAUGGAUAAUUAGACGUAUUUCAUGAACGCAUUAAUUCACAAUGUGGAGAAAGGUAGCGAUUUGCGUUGUGUUAAUUUUUGUAGUUGUAACGUGUGUAUUCACAGCUCCUGCCUAUCAUCAUUUACGGGGACCUCAUUUCACAAUAAGUACAACUCCAGAACAGAAGACGCCGUUCAUAGAAGUUCGGAAUUCCACUUACCACGGUUUCGGCCCACGGGAGGAGGCCCGGGCGAUGUGCGCCGUGAGUACCCACGAGGUCAACGCCACGGCCAAUGCCACCAUCACAAGGAGAUUGCAUGGAGUAGUCACGUCUAGAGAACUACACAACGCAAUCCAGCGACUAGAAGUAAUAAUCUUUGGCCAGAUGCAACAGCUGUGGCAGAGUUUGGACGCCCUGCGAACACAUUUGACGAACGACAAUAUGCGAGCGCCCUUCCCCGAUAGGAGGACUGUCUCAUUUCGAUACAAGCCCAGCACGAAAUAGAAUUUAUAUUUGACCGUAGCCACGAGAAGUAGGUUUUGAAAAUGAGUUGGGUGGCUAAGUAUAUUGGAAGGUAACAAAAAAGACACUCCGCAAAAGUUUAAUUCAUGUUACGAAAUAAAAUAUAAUUGACAUUUAAAAUAGUAUGCAACGCCCUUAUUUUUCCAGGGUUUUAGCACAAAUAAUCGGAUUAUGCCUUGUGUCAUUUCUUAUUUCCAUAGGAUUUUAAUUUUGAUGAGUGACAGUAUCGUUUUGGUAGAUUAUCUUGUUACGUGGAUUUUACGUUAUUAUAUUACGUUAUUAUUAUACUCUUUGGGUCAAAAUAAAACAAGUGACGUAAUAAAGUUCAAUUUAUUAACAAUUAGUAACCGGAAUCAGCGGGUUGCCGACGAAGUUCUGACGCAUGUUUGACUGUUCAAACUUUGUCGGGUAAUAACAAUAAAAAUACGUUAGUUUUUAAGUUAAAAGUAUUACGUCUAAAUGCCAGUAUUAAUAAAUAUUAACAAAAUAAUAAACAAUUUAAGUAUUAUGCCUUUUAUGACCUGCUUCGCAUAUCAGUUUAUUAGAAGUUAAAAACUGCUUUUCAAUAUAUGCACAAA